AAAAAAACGAUCUGUGUGAAGGAGCGUGUAAGAGCAAGAUGGUCGCUCGGACGUAGAAGGUGUCUGCUAAAACCGCUUCUCAUUUUUCACUCCUGUGCAAUUCCAGCAAACAUUUUCCGGUGUAUCAGUAACAGUUGCGGAGUCGUGGUGGCGGGGGUGCAAGACGUUACACGGGACGUGACACUGGAGUCGACACGGACGGUGGUGGUGUCACCACCUUCCCCCACCACAGAGAUGUCGGGAGACCAUAAAAAGGUUAUUAAAGGGAGCCCAUCCCAAUAUGUAAAGCUAAAUGUGGGUGGGUCUUUACACUACACAACCAUAGGAACUCUCACAAAACAUGAUAACAUGUUGAGAGCAAUGUUUUCUGGACGAAUGGAAGUUUUAACAGACUCUGAAGGUUGGAUCUUGAUUGACCGGUGUGGAAAGCAUUUUGGCACAAUCUUGAACUACUUAAGAGAUGAAAGUAUUCCUAUGCCAGAGAACCAGAGGGAGUUAGAGGAGUUAUUAGCAGAGGCAAGAUACUAUUGCAUGAGUGACCUUGUUGCUGAGUGUGAAGAUGCAAUGAAGCAGAAAGAACCUGAGAAAGAUCCUGUGAAAGAUCCUGUGUGUUGUGUUCCUCUCAUUACAUCUCAGAAAGAAGAACAGAUGCUCAUACAGUCAACCACCAAGCCAGUUGUUAAAUUACUUGUAAAUCGACAUAACAAUAAAUACUCGUAUACAAGUACAUCAGAUGACAACCUAUUGAAGAACAUUGAGCAUUUUGAUCGACUGGCUUUGAGAUUCAGUCGGCGUGUUUUAUUCAUUAAGAAUGUAAUAGGAUCUAAUGAAAUAUGUCUUUGGGCAUUCUAUGGACAUGGGAAGAAAGUAGCAGAAGUGUGUUGUACAUCUAUUGUAUAUGCAACUGAUAGGAAGCAUACAAAGGUUGAGUUCCCAGAAGCAAGAAUCUAUGAAGAGACGUUAAAUGUGUUACUCUAUGAAAAUCGCACAGGACCAGAUGCUGAGCUUAUGCAGGCUACAUCAACCCGAGGGGCAGUGGCACCAGUUGUAUGCACAUCUGAUGAUGAGGAGGAUAGGAGAGGAGGUGCCUGUUCACAGUCAGGCUUAGGGAGGCUGAGAUCCAACAAAAAUAACCAGUUGAAAUAAAAAGUGUAAUUGGUUAAGACCUUCAAUUCUCAGAUAUUUAUACAGUAUAAGGAGAGUUUAUCAUUAUUAUUAUUAUUGUUAUUAUUAUUAUUAUUAUUAUUAUUAUUAUUAUUAUUAUUAUUAUAUAUGAUGGUAAGCAGCUCUGGGCAGACAUUAAUAUAGUUGCCAGAGGCUUUGCUCAAACAUUUCAACAGAUUCACAGCUGCCAACAUUUGACAAAACUCAAUUAUGUAGCUGUAAGGGGAUCACGACAAUAAUAGCCCAUAAUGUCCCUGGAUAAGCGUAACAAUUGUUUCACCUUACGGUUACUUAAGCUUGAAACAUGGAAGCACAGCCAGUUAAUGGAAAAAUAAAUGUUUAAUGUCUGUAUUUAAGUAAUUUGUUAUAUUCAUUUUUAUUAAUCAAUGUCCCCUAUUAUUUUUGAGGCCCACUUGAGAGGAAUUUCUUGAUAUUGUAUAUAUUUUAUAUAAAUAUUUCUAAUUUUACAAAUUUCAAGGAAUAUGCCAUACAACUAGUUCAUAACACUUCUAUAAACCAACUAUAAAGAUAUUGAUUAAUAAUUAUUAAGGAAUUCCACUGCCUGUGUGGGUACUUUUUUCAAUAGUGCUAAUUUUGUGUGCUAAAUGAAUCUCUGCAUUUGAAAGGGGAUGCUCUUAUGUAUGGCUCUUACAUUGUACACCUCCACUGAAAUAUUGGGGAUGUGUUUUGUUUUGGUAUUGUAACCCAAGAUUUUUCCAAGAAGCGCUUCUGUGAUGAAUAUAGAGUAGGAUGUUUGUAAUCAGGGAAACUGUAUUUCCUGGAAUGUUCAUAUUUGAGACGUAAUAAUUAUAAAGGGCCAUAUUUUCCUGUUAUCUACUCAUUACAUUACCUAUCACUAUAUAUUGUCAUAAUAUUUGAAGGCAUGUACCUGCAUUUUAUUUUUCUUUCUUUUUUUCUUUUUUUUGACCAAGGAGUUUUUAAGAUAUACUAGUAGAAAUGUCUUCCUUAAAGUUAUUUUGAUAAGAAAUUUGUUAGUAUGAUAUUUAGUGUGAAAUCAUCUAAACAGAAGUAUUCUGCUUUUACUAAUUAUUAUUUAUUAUGGUUAUUUUUUUAUGAACAUUUCUGCUAUAUAACUAUUUUUAAAAGGAUCUGCCAACCAAGGUAUAUCACAAACAUCUACAUACUUACUGGGGGGAGGGUGUCCAUAAUGCCAAAGUUUUCAUUGUUAUUUCAGAAAACAAUAAUACCAUUUGCUGCCAUAUAUCUUAAUUAAUGCAGUGGCUGCUUUUUUGCACUGAAACCUGUAUCCAUGUAGCAUGUUUGGUUUGUAAGGCUAGUCCUGAGUUAUCUUUUUAUAUGAUGUGAUAUCAAUAAAACUAUUUACAGUUUA